AUGAAUAUGGUUUCAGUCGAGAAGGACUGGGUUAUCGUCAUCGCUAAAGGCGACAUCGAAGCCCUAGCAGUUCUCAAUGCGCAGAUGCGCCGCAUCGAUCUUCUCUGCAAACUACUCGGGCCACUGUUCAUCGCUCUUAUUGACGGAUUCUCCACAAGGGCAGCGAUCAUCGUCAACUUCUUCAUGAACACCGCUUCUGUUGCUGUCGAGUACUAUGCCAUUGCCAACAUCUAUAACGAGGACCCUGAUUUGCAGGAGCCUAAGUCUAUGCCAACGUCUACCCCCGAAACAACGGCAGCGUCGGUGAAUCCUGGCAAAAAGGUCCUGAGUCACAUCAAGAGGUCCGCGUCCGACUUCAAAUUCUACUUUGGCCAUCGCGCAUUCUUGCCAUCGUUUGCCUGCUCUCUACUAUACCUCACAGUGCUGAGCUUUGGAGGCCAGAUGGUCACGUACUUGGUCGCAUCAGGUUUCAACACAACAUACAUCGGCAUUGCAAGAACAAUCAGUGUGGUUUUCGAGGUGUUGGCGACUUGGGUUGCGCCUUGGCUUGUGGGUCGAAUUGGACAAGUUCGCGCUGGCCUUUGGAUGAGCAAUUGCCAGGUUCUUCCUCUGAUAGGCGGCUUGGUGGCUUUCUGGGUCUUCAUGCCGAACCCCCUCAUAUCGGCAACCAGCCUCGUGAUGGGAGUCAUCAUCAGCCGUCUUGGUCUUCGCGGCUUUGACCUAUGUACUCAAAUCAUCGUCCAAGAGGAAGUCGAAGCCGAGAGCCGUGGCAGAUUCUCUACAGUCGAGGCAGCCUGGCAAAAUGCAUUUGAGCUACUUUCAUAUAUGGCGACCAUAAUCUUCUUCCAGCCUUCGCAGUUCAAUUGGCCCGCACUGGUUUCUGUUGCGGCCGUGACUUCUGCAAGUCUGGCGUACACGCUGUUCGUAUGGAAGAGGAGGGGGCAUCUGAUUCAUUUUGAGAAGACUCUCGCCGCCAAGCAAACCAAACUGGCGAAGCACGAACCAUCCCGAGAUCCCCAGGAUAGCGACCAUGACAAGACAUGCCGCGUUAAAUCGCCAGUCGUGCAGAGUGCGUACAGUGCUAAUGUCGGUCUCCUCAUCCUUGUCCACAACCUGAUUCGAGCCGGGAGAGGCAAUUUGGUAGUGGCUCAUUGA